ACCCGGAAAUUCUUAAUCACAACAAAAGUUUACCGCGAAUUCGUUUUACGUGGACAGAGCGACCGAGAAGUUUGUAUGCAGUCCGGUGACCUAUUCACCAACACCGAAUCAACACCAACCGUCAUUUGAUGGUCCGUUAAGGCCUUUCGUUCCCUCCGUGGUCAUGGACGAGUAUGACGAAAUGUACGGCAUAGAAGACGACUAUGAGAAUCAGUUUGCGGAUGAGCUGGAUGCUAUGGCGGAGCUGGAAUCCUCCUCUAAUAAGAAGCCAGAACUCAGUCAACCUCAUCAGUCCUUCGCUUCGAAUGCCAUCGCUGCUGGACAAGAAACCCACAAGAACCAAUCACGUGUGGUGUCAGCGGUGGACAACCAAUCAGAGGUCCGGAAAAGGUCAUGUGUGUCUCCAAAAGCCAAGCGCCUAAAGCAGGAUGUUGCCAAGAAGCUGCAGUUUGAAACAUUGCAGAGUGAUGACAUCACACCACCGUCCUCCCCAGAACAGUACCAUCCAAUCCAAAGCAGGUCUACAGUCCUGGACAUUAGUGGUUUUGGGGCGCUCCAAGACUCUCCAGGGAGGGUUGCCGUGGCCGCAGGGCGUGUUGCCGUGGCCGCAGGGCGUGUUGCCGUGGCCGCAGGGCGGGUGCUGCGGCGGCCUCCAGUGGAGGGAGACUACGUCAGUGUGACGGACACGGCAGGAAACAGAGUCUACCUCCGACAGGAAGUACACCUGGGGACAAAGGUAGUGGACCCUAGAGCUGUGCGAGCUACCCAGAAUGCACUGGGGCUGCUGGCUGUUCCUAUCGAGGUCCUGAGACAACAGGUGGCGGAGAGGCGUCAUCGCCAGAUGGUGGAGGAAACUGAACAUCUCUCAGAGCUGCUGAACAGUGGUGUGCAGCAGGAGCUGGAAGGGAGCCAGCGGGGGGAAGAGGAGGAGCUGGAGGAGGAGGGCCGGGUGUCUCUUCUCUGGGUCGACCGCUUCUCUCCUCGCCACUACACGGACCUGCUCAGUGAUGAUUUCACUAACCGCUGCUUGCUGAAGUGGUUGAAGCUGUGGGACACAGUUGUCUUCGGGAGGGAGAGGAAGCUCCGCCCCCCUGCCCCAGAGAGGCUUGUCCCCAACCACAACACAGCCAAUCAGAACGCAAAUCGCUUCAAGACCAAGAGUCAAGUUACCGAGGAGAUUCUGGAGGCUGAGCUGGACCAAUACCAACGCCCCAAAUACAAGGUGGCGCUGCUGUCUGGGCCCCCAGGCCUGGGCAAGACCACCCUGGCUCACAUCAUCGCUAGGCAUGCUGGGUACAACGUGGUGGAGAUCAACGCCAGCGACGACCGAAGCGCGGAGCUGUUUCAGAAGCGCAUCGACACGGCAACACAGAUGCAGUCUGUACUGGGAGCCAAUCAGAAGCCCAACUGCCUGAUCAUCGACGAGAUAGACGGGGCACCCGCGGCUGCCAUCAACGUGCUGCUGGCUGCUCUGACCAGGAAGGAGGGGGCAGAGCCAGGGGUGGAAUCAGGGAAGAGGAGGAAGAAAAAAGAGGCCCUCCUCCUUCGCCCAAUCAUAUGCAUCUGCAACGACCUUUACGUCCCAGCCCUCAGGCCCCUGAGACAGCAAGCCUUCCUAUUGGCUUUCCCCCAGACCCUGCCCUCCCGCCUGGCUCAGAGGCUGGCAGAGAUCACCAGGCUGCAGGGGAUGAAAGCUGAUGCAGGAGCUCUGGUGGCCCUGUGUGAGAAGACUGACAACGACAUCAGAUCCUGCAUCAACACACUGCAGUUCCUCCAUAGCAAAGGGCAGAGCCAGCUGGACCUGAAGGCAGUGCAGGGGGUACAGGUGGGGCAGAAGGACCAGAACAAGGGCCUCUUUCACCUGUGGCAGGAGGUCUUCCAGCUGCCACGCUCCAAACGGAAGCGGCUGGGUGAGGAGCUGGAGGCGGGGCUGAGAGAAGGAGGCGGGGCUCAGAGGCUGCAGCACAUCCUGCACCUCUCCUUCUCCAGCGGAGAGUACGACAAGGUUACACAGGGUCUGUAUGACAACUUCCUGUCCAUGCGUGUACGUGACCCAAGCCUGGGUAGCGUGGUGGAGGCGCUGGAUUGGCUGAGCUUCACAGACAGGUUGAACCAGGUCAUGAUGCAGGGGCAGAACUUCUCCCUCAUGAGAUACCUGCCCUUCCUCCCGGUCACCUUCCACUUCCUGUUCGCUCACACACACGUGCCCCGCAUCAGCUACCCCCACAGCCAGUACGAGGUGCUGAGUAAGACCCAGGCCAGCAGGAACGCUCUGGCGGCCAUGUUGUCUGACAUCCCAGCAUGCAUCAGGAGCAGGGUCAGUGAGCUGAGUCUGACCAAUGACGUGCUGACGUUGCUGCUGGACAUCAUCUGCCCCAAACUACGACCCGUGAACCCCCAGCUGUACAGCAGCAGGGAGAAGCAGCAGCUGUGUGAGCUGGUGGACACCAUGCUCUCCUACAACCUCUCCUACCGGCAGGACAGGACGCCAGAGGGCCAGUACACCUACCUCCUGGAGCCGCGGGUGGAGGAGGUGGCCUGGUUUCCUGGCCUGCCCCCUCGCAGACAGCUGACCUACCAGACCAAGCAGACGAUCAGCAGAGAGAUGGACCAGGAGAGGAUGAGGAGAGCAGAGAAACUGAUGCAACUACGCAACCCACACCGACAGAGUGCUGAAGCCAAGCCUGCAGCCAGGAGCCAUCAGCAGAGGCUGGAGAACAUCGUCAGACAGACUACCAUUGAGACCAGGGUGACUCAACACUAUACACACCCAAUACCCAACACUACACUGCCCAACACUACACAACCCUAUACUGCCCAACACUACACAACCCUAUACUGCCCAACACUCCCCUAUACUAAAGAUGCAUUGAAUCCAGGAUUCGGUCAAAUACUGGGCUUUUUGACGGGGUUUGGAUUCGGCCGAACCUUAGAUUUUUGUUUUCACCAAAUCCGAACCCUACGCUUGCACUACGCGCGCUACACUGGUCGACACAACGACGCCGCCGUUGACUAUAGGAAGGUUUUUACGUAGCUGGACUGUUCAAUGCAGUAGGCUGAGAGAAAGUGAAAAUGGAACUCGUGAGCAGAAAAAGUGUUUUUGGCAGGACUUUCAGUCAAAAGAAGGCGAUUCAAGUCGAGCUACAUGUUCAAUUUGCAAUGCCGAUUUGUCUUGUGGUGGCAAGGACCCUACCCCAUACACAACAUAUCCACUGUUAAGACCCUACCCCAUACACAACAUAUCCACUGUUAAGACCCUACCCCAUACACAACAUAUCCACUGUUAAGACCCUACCCCAUACACAACAUAUCCACUGUUAAGACCCUACCCCAUACACAACAUAUCCACUGUUAAGACCCUACCCCAUACACAACAUAUCCACUGUUAAGACCCUACCCCAUACACAACAUAUCCACUGUUAAGACCCUACCCCAUACACAACAUAUCCACUGUUAAGACCCUACCCCAUACACAACAUCUCCGCUGUUAAAACAUUUACGUAUGAAACAUCCAAAAGAAAUUCAAGAAAUCUAAAGGGCUAAUAUUUUGGAUAUUGAUUGGAUCUUGAGAUAGGGUAAACAUAGGCAUAUGGUAUUUGUCAAAAUAGUUUUUCCCACUUGUCUUCCUCGCAUAACGUUGCCUAUUCUUUUUUGUUUUUUUUUACAGUAAAAAAUUAAUAAAUAAAACGAUACACUGUUGUGGACGUUGUUUACUUUAUUAAUGUGUUUACUGUGUUAAUGGACUGAUGAUGGGAGUAGGAUUCGGUUUCGGCCAAAUAUUAACCAGUGGAUUCGGUAUUCGGCCGAACCCCAAAAAUCUGGAUUCGGUGCAUCCCUACCCUAUACCCACUAUACUACUCAACAUUACACAUCCCUAUACUGCCCAACACUACACUACCCUAUACCCAACACUAUACAGCCCAACACUACAUUACCCUAUACCCACACUAUACUGCCCAACACUACAUUACCCUAUACCCAACACUAUACAGCCCAACACUACAUUACCCUAUACCCACACUAUACUGCCCAACACUACACUACGCUAUACCCAACACUACACAACCCUAUACCCAACACUAUACUGCCCAACACUACACUACGCUAUACCCAACACUACACAACCCUAUACCCAACACUAUACUGCCCAACACUACACUACCCUAUACCCAACACUAUACUGCCCAACACUACACUACCCUAUACCCAACACUAUACUGCCCAACACUACACGACCCUAUACCCAACACUAUACAGCCUAACACUACAUUACCCUAUACCCUUACUAUACAGCCCAACACUACACUACGCUAUACCCAACACUACACAACCCUAUACCCAACACUAUACUGCCCAACACUACACUACGCUAUACCCAACACUACACAACCCUAUACCCAACACUACGCUAUACCCAACACUACACUACCCUAUACCCAACACUAUACUGCCCAACACUACACUACGCUAUACCCAACACUACACAACCCUAUACCCAACACUAUACUGCCCAACACUACACUACCCUAUACCCAACACUAUACUGCCCAACACUACACGACCCUAUACCCAACACUAUACAGCCUAACACUACAUUACCCUAUACCCUUACUAUACAGCCCAACACUACACAACCCUAUACCCAACACUCUACUGCCCAACACUACACUACCCAAUAUAUAUACUCCCUAAACAUCACACUACAUUUAGUCAUUUAGCAGAGCGACUUACAGUAAGUACAAAGACAUUCCAGGGAAACGUCAUUUUCCAGGGAAACGUCAUUUAGCAAGGCCGGGAAUCGAACCGGCAACCUUCUGUGUAAUAGUCCGAUUCUGACUCCCCAGGUGACUACCCACUACCCAACCUUAUACUCCCCAACACUACACUACCCAACACUAUACUCCCCAAAACUACAGUACCCAACACUAUACUCCUAAAAACUACACUACCCAAUACUGAACACUAUACUCCUAAACACUACAAUACCCAACACUAUACUAUCCAACACUACACUACUCAACACCAUACUACAUAACGCCACACUACCAACACAACUUAACACUACACUCCCCAACACCACCUAACACACUACACUGCCCAACACAACCUCCCAUUACCUAACAACACACUACCCAGUACCACCUUACGCCACACUUGGUUGGUGGAGGGGACAGAGGGAAGGAAGAGAAAGAGGAGAGAACAAUCCACCAUUCUCUCAAGCUUUUAUACCAACCAGGUUCAUGAGUUAGUGUGUGUAUUUGGGAUUUGACCUGGUUCUAAAUGUUAUUUCAAGGUUUUCUAUAUUCAGCGUGUGUGUGUGUGUGUGUGUG